UUGAAACAAAAGGCAAUGCUCAUUAUUUCUUACAGACGACAAAUGAAAUGGCCACCCCUUUCAUCUGUCCUACAUCAAUCUCUUUCCUCUUCAAACAUUUUCACCAUUUUCUUCAACUUCAACACAACACAACAAAACUCAUUCUUUUCACCAUUUACCAAAUUACUAGUUAUCUAUCUCUCUUUCUCUCCCACAACACACUCCCUUACCAUUCCACCAUGCUAUUUCCCUCAAACAAACCCUUUCCUCCUUUUUUUCUUCUUCUUCUUCUUCUUCUUCUUCUCCUUCUUGUUUCCUCUUCAACCAUAUAACAACAUCACUUGGUUGGUCUGUUCCAAGAAUCAUGGAAGAGUCUGAGGGAAGUGGAAGUGGAUCACCAAUCACCAACAUGGCUCAGGACUACCUCAUAACCAUUCUCCUCCUCCUCCCCAUAGAUGCAAUUCUCUCCCUUUCCAUGACUUGCAAGAGAUUCAGGUCUCUCACUUCCUCAAACACUAUAUGGAAAUCUUUGUGCAAAAGGGACUUAGGUUCCACUUGUGUUGAGGCACUUCUCAACUCCUCCAACAAUCACCACCAUCAGUUCCCAUGGAUGAGGCUCUACAGACAAGUCUCUCUCAUGGAUUCAGUUUCCUGUCAUAAACUUCUCUCAGAGCCACAUGCAGAUUUGGAUUUCCCCACUGCCAGAGCAUCUCACUCUCUCAACUUUGUCUCGGAUUGUCUCGUUCUGUUUGGUGGCGGCUGUGAGGGAGGACGACAUCUUGAUGACACGAGGGUGGCAUACAUUGGCAAUGAUUUCAGGAGAAAGUUGAAAUGGCAAACAGUUCAUGCAGGCAUUCCAAGUGGGAGAUUUGGGCACACAUGUGUGGAAAUGGGUGACUUUCUUGUACUCUUUGGAGGAAUCAAUGACCGUGGCAACCGUCAAAACGACACAUGGUUGGGGCAAGUUGUGUUGAAUGAAAACAAAGGCAUAGGAUUUUCAUGGAAAAUGCUUGAAGUGGGAAAUGUUGCACCACCUCCAAGAGGAGCACAUGGUGCAUGUUCCAUUGAUGAAAAGAGAAUGGUAAUCCAUGGGGGCAUUGGGCUUAAUGGCCUCCGUUUGGGGGACACAUGGGUGCUGGAGCUGUCAGAUAGUCCCUGCCAUGGCACUUGGCAUGAGAUUGUGUCAUACCCUUCACCUCCACCACGCUCAGGACACACCUUGACAUGCAUUGGCAAAAGCAGAACAAUACUAUUUGGAGGCAGAGGCUUGGGUUAUGAGGUGCUUGAUGAUGUUUGGUUAUUGGAUACAUAUCAAGGUUAUUUCAAAUGGGUUCAGAUAGUUUAUGAUUUGCAAAGCAUAACAGAUGGUGUUUCUCUCCCUAGAGUUGGUCACACAGCAACCAUUGUUUUGGGGGGAAGGUUGCUAAUUUGAGGAGAAGAUUCAUAUAGACACAGAAAAGAUGAUUUUUUGUUGGAUAUCAGUGCAAUUCCUUACCCUAACAUCACUCUGCAGCAUCCAACCACAGUGAGCUCCAAGAAAGAGUCAAUGACAAGAAGAAUGUGGAAAAGGUGGAAAUCAAGUGGUUUUGAGGCAAAAGCAAGAUCAUUCCACCGUGCUUGUGCAGACAGAUCAGGGCGUUAUCUGUAUGUAUUUGGUGGAAUGGUGGAUGGUUUUCUUCAGCCUGGUGAGCCUUCUGCAUUAAGGUUUGAUGCUGAGCUUUUUCUUGUGGAGCUUGUGCUGCAGCUCUAGUACUAGUUAUAGUCAAUGCCUCCUCUUUCUUGAGACCAAGACCAUUCUGUAAUGUGCACUGUCUUCCAACUGCAUAGCUUAUCAUGUUCACAGUCACUGUAGUGUCUUGUGUUGGGCUCUUGUAAAGGAUAUAGCAGUUGCAUCAUGUAUUGGGUCACCUAGUGUCAAUAUCUUUUAGGAACUGUCACUGCAUAAUUACAAAGCAAUGAAUGGUAUGAUUGUGAAGAUUACCAAAAUGUUUGCAUUUGUUCAUUGUCAAUUUAAAAAAAGUAUUUUUACUAUAU